AAAAGAGAAGCAAUUAAUAGCUCGUACAACACGGUCGCGUUUACCGCCACUCGGAUCGUCAUGAAUAUAGAGGAGGAAGAGAACGAUUGAAGAGCGUGUAAAAAUGUGCGCGCGUAUCAAGUAACCAGAGUAACUGGACCAGUCAAGUCUCUAAUCGAGUUGAAAGUUCGCCUCUUUUGCUUUGCGUUUUGAAGUACUUUUAUCCCGUGCAAGUUGAAAGCGCGAGAAUGCAGCCGAGCACUUCGAGGACCAUGCAGCAGCCGACUCGCGCGUCCUCCGCGCAUCUGUACAGGAGGAAACUGACCUCGGAGGAGAUAGAGGAGUUGCAUCACGAGCUGGAAACCAUCGAUCAUAUGAUAGCUCUGGAGACUCUGUGCGAGAAGCUGAACACAAGCACGGUGACUGGCUUGACGAGGGAGCAAGCUCGCGCGAUCUUGGAACGGGACGGCCCGAACGCCCUGUCUCCACCCAAGGUCACUCCGGAAUACAUCAAGCUUUUCAAGUGCAUGUUUCACGGAUUCGCCGCGUUGUUGUGGGUCUGUGCGAGUCUGUGCUUCGUCCUGUACGUUGUCACGUAUCUGAUGCGGGAGCCCGACGUCGGCAUCGUGUGGCUAGGCAUAAUCAUCGUCGUGAUAUGCAUCACCUCGGGCGUGUUCGCGCAUAUACAGGAGACGAAAAACAUCAAGGUCAUGGAGUCGUUCAGGAAGAUGGUGCCGACAUUCGCGACGGUGAUGCGCGACGGCGUUAAAUUGCAACUGGGCACGGAGGAGCUGGCAUUGGGCGACUUGGUGGAGAUACGUAUGGGCGACAAGAUACCGGCGGACAUUAGGAUAAUCGAGUGCAGCGGGCUCCGGGUCGAGAACUCGAGCAUCACUGGCGAGAGCGAGCCGGUGGUGCGCACCGAUUAUCCCACCGACCCGAAUCCCCUCGAGUCCGCGAACGUGGCCUUCUCCACGUCGUUCGCCGUGGCGGGUGACGGCAAGGGGAUCGUGAUCGCCACGGGGGAUCGUACCAUGAUAGGCCGUCUGGCCGGCCUGACGUCGCAUCUCGCCAAGAUCGAGACGCCGAUCGCCAAGGAGAUCAGGCACUUUGUCGAGAUCAUCACGAUCGUGGCGGUUCUGUGCGGCCUCGCGUUCUUCGGGCUGUCAUUGUUGCUCGAGCCUAACAUCGUACGAGCGUUCACCUAUCUGCUCGGGAUAGUGAUCGCCAAUGUGCCCGAGGUGCUGCUGGUGACCGUGACGACGGUGUUAACGCUAACCGCUCAGAGGAUGGCGAGCAAGAACUGCCUGGUGAAGAAUCUGGAGGCGGUGGAGACCCUGGGUUCGACGUCGACCAUCUGCUCCGACAAGACGGGCACUCUCACGCAGAACAAAAUGUCCGUGUCGAAUUUGUGGUUCGGCCACACCCGAUACAACUUUCCGCCGGGCGAGAUAAUCGGCGUCGAGCGGGAUCUGCUGCUGGAGAAGCCGGCGUUCCGCAUAAUGUUGCGCGCCACGACGCUCUGCCUGCGCGCCGAGUUCACUACCGAGUCCUACAUGCAGCCGAUCGAGAAGCGCGAGAUUAUCGGCGACGCGUCCGAGACGGGUAUUCUCAGGUUCUGCGAGCACGUGCAUCCUACGAAGAAGUACCGCGAGGCACAUCCGAAGGUCGCCGAGAUACCGUUCAGCUCCAUCACCAAGUAUCAGAUGUCGAUACACCAGGACACCACUGGCUACACGAUGAUAAUGAAGGGCGCCCCGGAAGUGAUACUGGAAAAGUGCGCGACGAUUCUGACGAGUGACGGCGAGACCAAGGAGAUGACCGCCAACGAUCACGCGAUAUCGCGCAGAGCCUGCACGGAGUUGGGCUAUCUCGGCGAACGCGUGCUGGCGUACUGCGAUCUGCACCUGCCCGGCACCGUGUACGGGCCCGAGUACAGAUUUGACACCGACCUGGCCGCUUCCUACAAUUUCCCCACCGAGAGAUACAGAUUCGUCGGGCUGAUAAGCAUGCAGGAUCCGCCGCGGCCGGGGGUGCCCGAGGCGGUGCAGAAAUGCCGCACCGCCGGCAUCAAGGUGAUCAUGGUGACGGGCGAUCAUCCGGUGACGGCGAUGGCGAUCGCCAAGAAGGUAGGUAUCAUAAGCGAGGGCCACGAGACCCGCUACGAGCGGGCGAUCCUGCAGGGCAGGUCUUACACGCAACUGGCUGACAACACGCCGGACAGCGGCGCCGCCACCAUCAUCACCGGCGCCGAAUUGCGGGGCAUGAACGCGAACGAGCUGGACGACGUGAUCCGCCACUACGAGGAGAUAGUGUUUGCGCGGACGUCACCGCAACAGAAGCUGCUGAUCGUGGAGAGCUGCCAACGGCUGGGGGAAAUCGUGGCGGUCACCGGCGACGGAGUCAACGACUCGCCAGCGUUGCGGAAGGCCGACAUCGGGAUCGCGAUGGGCAUCGCCGGUUCCGACGUGGCGAAAAACGCCGCGGACAUGAUACUCAUGGAUGACAAUUUCGCGUCGAUCGUGACCGGUGUCGAGGAGGGCCGGCUGAUAUUCGACAAUCUAAAGAAAUCGAUCGCGUACACACUGACGUCGAGCGUGCCGGAGAUGCUGCCCAUGCUGAGCGGCCUGAUACUCGCGAUCCCUUUGCCCCUGGUGAUCGAGCUGGUGAUCUGCAUAGAUGUCGGCACCGAUCUAGUGCCCGCCAUCGCUCUGGCGUACGAGAAGGCAGAGUCCGAUAUAAUGCGCCGAGCACCAAGGAAUCCUCAGUACGACAAGCUGGUGAACAAGCGCCUGAUAUCCAUCACUUAUGGUCAGAUAGGAAUGACGCAGUCCUUUGCCGGGUUCUACACCUACUUUAUGGUGCUCAUGAUGAACGGCUUUAUGCCGACUCGCUUGUUGGGCCUGCGAAUAGAGUGGGAGGACCCGUCCAUCAACGAUCUACGGGACUCCUGGGGCCAAACGUGGACCUACGAGAACAGGAUGAACCUGCUGAUGGAGGCGCAGAGCGGAUACUUUCUCUCCAUCGUUAUCACGCAGAUGAUAGAUCUGGUAAUGUGCAAGACCAGGCGCAACUCGAUCUUUCAACAAGGAAUGGGCAACUGGUUCGUCAACUUCUCCUUCGGUUUCGAAGCGAUCCUAACGGGGCUCCUGCUCUACGUUCCAGGCACGGAGUACGUCUUCCACACUAUGCCACUGCAAGCGUUUUGGUACUGGCCCUGCUUGCCGCUCGGUAUAUUUCUUUGGGUCUACGACGAAUUGAGACGUUUGUGCAUUCGUGUCUUUCCAGGCGGAAUCAUGGAAAGAGAAACGUAUUACUGACUUAUUGUCGUUAGUAUUGUGUCGUCGUCGAUUAUCGGAAGCAACGCUUCGCGUUAUUGUCUUUCCUCCUCGUAUGUAGAUGUACAAGCGAGCCUCUGACAGUCCUCUCGAGUUAAUAGAAUAAAAGUUUC